AAAAAAAAUAAAUAUUUUUGAAAAUUAAAAAUAAUUUUUUAAAUUUUUCGCUUAUUUAAUAAAAAAAUAAAUUAUGUCAGAAUACCUAAUAUCGUUGACAAUAGAUGGCGAGCAUUAUGCUUAUGAUUAUAGAACAGUUACAAAAGAUAUGACACUAUUGGAAUUUAUAAGAGAACGUGCUGGAUUAUUAGGUACAAAAUUUAUGUGUCUUGAAGGUGGUUGCGGUUCAUGUACUGUUGUUAUUAAAGGAAAUGAUACAAAUUCGGGAAGACCAAUUGAAUAUGCUGCAAAUUCGUGUCUUGUACUUGCAAAUACCCUUCAUAAUAUGAAUGUAACAACUAUACAAGGAAUUGGUAAUCGUCAUAUUGGUUAUCAUCCAAUACAAGCAAGAUUAGCACAAUUAAAUGGAUCACAAUGUGGUUAUUGUUCACCUGGUUUCGUUAUGAAUAUGUACGGUUUAAUGAAAUCAAAUGGUUCACAUUUAACAUCUGAAGAAAUUGAAAAUUCAUUUGGUGGUAAUGUAUGCCGAUGUACCGGUUAUAGAUCAAUAUUAGAUUCAAUGAAAAGUUUUGCAUCUGAUUCAAUAACAAAUGAAGAAAAUUUAAUUGAUAUUGAAGAUAUCACAAAACAAAAUUGUUCAUCAAAAUGUGAUAAAAAUUCAAAAUGUUGGAAAAAUUGUAAAAUUAUUUUUGGAAAUAAAAAUAUUGAUUUGAUAAAUGAUGGUUAUUGGUAUUUUCCAUCAAAUUUAAAUGAAUUAUUUCAAAUAUUUGAAAAAAUUCCAAAUGAUGAAAAAUAUAUUUUAAUUGCUGGUGGAACAGCACAUGGUGUAUAUAGAAGACCAACUGAUGUUAAACAUUUUUUUGAUAUAAAUGGUAUUCAAGAUUUACAUUCUUAUUCAAUAAGUGAUAAUAUGAUUACGAUUGGAGCAAAUGUUAGUAUAAGUAAAACUAUGGAUAUACUUUUAGAAGCAGCAAAUCAUCCAGGUUUUGAAUAUUGUUUAGAAAUUUAUAAUCAUUAUGAUUUAGUUGCACAUAAACAAGUUAGGAAUGUUGGAACAUUAGCUGGAAAUUUAAUGACAAAAUAUCAAUAUAAUGAUUUUCCAUCAGAUAUUUUCUUAACAAUGGAAACUGCUAAUGCUCAAUUAUCAAUAAUAAAUGGCGAUGGUACAACAUUUUCUCUUAGUCCUUUAGAAUUUUUAAAUUUAGAUAUGCACAAACGAGUAAUAGAGCAUAUUACAUUGAAACCUUAUCCAAGAAAUAUAUUCUUUUUCAAGUCAUACAAAAUUUUACCUGUAGCCCAAAAUGCUAAAGCUAUUGUAAAUGCUGGAUUUUUAAUUGAAGUGGAUAAUACAAGUUCUGCAAAUCCUACUGUUCAUUCAGCAAGAAUUUGUUACGGUGGAAUCUCAUCAAAUUUCGUUCAUGCUUCGGAAACAGAAAAAUAUUUAAUUGGAAGAAAUUUAUUUCAAAAUGAUGCAAUUACAGACACAUUAUAUCCAGAAUUAAAAACAGAUUAUUAUUUACCAGAUACUUCACCUGAAUAUCGAAAAUUACUUGCAUGCGGUUUAUUUUAUAAAUUUUUAUUAUCAAUUGCACCAAGUUCUAUUGUGAAUUCUGUAAAUCGAUCUGCUGGAGAUAUAUUAAGACGACCGUUAUCACAUGGUACACAAUCAUAUCAAACUAAACCGACAAAAUAUCCGUUAACACAAGCUGUCCCAAAAAUUGAAGGAAUUGCACAAACAAGUGGUGAAGCUCACUAUUCAAAUGAUAUUCCACGGUAUCCAAAUGAAGUUUUUGCUGCAUUUGUUACUGCAACAAAUGUCAAUUCAAUUUUAACUCAAAUUGAUCCAACAGAUGCUUUACAAAUACCUGGUGUUAUUGCUUUCUAUUCAGCUAAAGAUAUACCAGGAAAAAAUUCCUUUGUCAAUACUGAUUAUUUUGUUCUUUUUGUUGUUGAUGAACCAAUAUUUUUACCAUUAAAUGCUGAAGUACAAUAUUAUGAUCAACCUAUCGGUAUGAUUGUUGCAGAAACGACAAAAAUUGCUGAAUCAGCAGCUAAAUAUGUAAAAGUUUUAUAUUCUCAUCUUACGAAAAAACCAGUUACCCCCACAAUUAAAGAAAAAUUUAAAUUAUAUCCAGAGCUUGCAAAUUUAGAAGGUAAAAAAGCUAGAGAAUAUACGCCAUUAAGUGUUGAAGAAAUGUUUAAUAUGACUGGAAAACCAAGCGAAAAUAAAGCAUCAGAUGAAAAUUAUGAAUCUUCUAAUAUUAAAUCAAAUCCAAAAGAUUAUGAAGUUGAACCUAUAGGUCUUCAAUUAGAGGACUUAUCAUUUGAUGAUGUUGAUUUAGAAUUAAAUAAUUUUUCAGGUUAUUUAUAUUUAAGUGGCCAAUAUCAUUAUACAAUGGAGCCUCAAACUACGGUAUGUAUACCAAUUGAAGAAGGUUUCCAAAUAUAUUCAGCAACACAAUGGAUGGAAGGAACACAAGUUACAAUAGCUAGAAUGUUAAAUUUGCAUCAGAAUGCAAUACAAGUUGAAGUAAGACGUGUGGGUGGAGCGUAUGGGGGGAAAAUUUCACGUAAUGCUCAAAUAUCUUGUGCAACAGCCUUAGCAUGCUAUUUACUUAAUAGACCUGUUCGAUUUAUAAUGUCAAUUGAAGCUAUGAUGAGUUGUUUAGGUAAAAGAAAUGGACUUCAUAAUUCGUAUCACGGCACUGUGGAUUCACGUGGAAGAAUUGUACAUCUUCUAUCGUCAUAUUUCUCUGAUUGCGGUUGCACAAUAAAUGAAAGCCCUGUCAAUUUAUUUAUAACUAAAUUAGCAAGAAAUUGUUAUUCAGCCAGUAUAAUCAAUUGGAAAAUUGUUGGAGUACCAAUAACAACUGACGCACCGAGUAACACUUGGAUGAGAGCGCCUGGAUCAUUAGAAGCAAUAUGUAUGAUUGAAAAUAUUAUGGAGCAUGCAUCUAGAGUAUCUAAUAUAGAUCCAGUUGACGUCCGAAUGAUACAUAUAGCUAAUGAUAACCCUAUGAAAAAAUUAUUGCCUCAAUUCAUUCAAUCCACAGAAUACAGGCAAAGAAAACAAGCUUUAAAAAAAUUCAAUGAAACAAAUCGAUGGAUUAAAAAGGGAAUAGCUAUUUCUUUGAUGCAAUAUGACAUUUUAUAUUUCUUCUCCUUUCCGGUUACGGUUGUAAUAUACGAGGAUGACGGUACUGUUGCUAUUACACAUGGAGGCAUUGAAAUGGGACAGGGUGUAAAUACAAAAGUUGCACAAACUGCCGCACACAUUUUUCAAAUUCCACUAGAAAACGUUAAAGUUUUUCCUAGUAAUACAAUAACAGGGGCAAAUGCUAUCGUAUCCGGUGCAAGUGUUACAUCCGAAAUGGUUUGCUUUGCAACAAAAAAAGCCUGUGAAAAUCUUUUAAAACGCUUAGUCCCAGUAAGAGCUACAUUACCCGGAGCAAGCUGGUCAAAAAUAGUUAAAGCUGCACAUGUACUAAGCAUUAAAUUAAUAGAAAGUGAUCAAGCUACUAUGCAAGAAUUAAAAAGUUAUCAAAUACCGGGAUUAGCAUGCACAGAAAUUGAAUUAGAUGUUAUAACUGGAAAUCACAUGGUUAGACGCGUUGAUAUUUUAGAAGAUACAGGCGAAAGUAUGAGUCCAUUAAUAGAUAUUGGACAGGUUGAAGGGGCUUUUAUACAGGGACUUGGUUAUUUUACAACCGAGAAGUUAAUUUAUAACAGUCAAACUGGUCAAUUAGUUACAAAUCGAACUUGGACUUAUAAAGUACCGCAAUGUAAAGAUAUACCAAUUGAUUUUCGAAUAAAUUUCUUAAAGAAUAGUCAAAAUAAUAAUGGUGUUUUAAGAUCUAAAGCUACUGGAGAACCUGCUAUUUGUUUAUCUGUUUCAAUACUAUUCGCUUUGAGAAUGGCCCUUGAUUCAGCACGAAAAAAUGCUGGGAUUGAAGAAAAUUGGUUUCAUAUGGGUGCACCAUUUACAACAGAAGAUUCGGCAUUAUUUUCUGGAACAACCGUAGAUAUGUUCAAAUUAUAAGUAAUUAAAGUAAAUCAUUUUAAAUGUGUAUUAUAAAAUCAAUUAAUUUUAAAAUUUAACUAAUAAUAUUAUUCAAUUUUCUAAGACUUUACUUGUUAUAAUAUUAUGUAUUUUGUUAUUAUGAA